AAUUCAAAUUUGAAAUUUUCAAAUUGCCUUUUUGAAUCGGUUAACCGUUAAUGUUUCUUGGUGGUUUAUAACCUAGCUAAUAUCUAUCGAAGUUGAGAUUUUCCUAGAGCUUAUCGAAGAAGAAGACAAUUUGUUUACAUAUUUUAUUUUGAUUUUGUUUAAGUGAAGUAUAUCUGUUUUGGAUGUGAAUUAUUAAGCGCAGAAUGCUGAGACACUGCCUCGCCAACGUUGAUUACGAUCGUCUGCAUGCCCAGCAGCAAUUGCGUCCAAAAUGCGGCGAAAUUUUUUACGAACAGGAGGCGAAUAGCUUCCAACUGGUUUGCAUGCUCUGCGGAAUGAAGCACUUUGGUUUUGAGGACUUCGCCCGUCAUAUCCGUAAUGUGCAUUUUGACAAGGAAGGCCGGCCACUGACCCAAACGUUCACUCGAUCGGAAAUAGAAGAACCGGACCAGAAUCUCUACCUAAAAGUCAGUCCGGAAACUACAGCUUCAUUGGUGGUGGACAGUCUUCAGGAGGAGUUUUUAAGUAACGACGAUGUCCUAGAUGCAGAUCAGGAACUAGAUCAGGAAGAGGUCAAUCCACUGUGCAUCAUGGUCCUCGAGGAUAAACAAUCCGAUGAUGAGGAAACUAUCGAUACCAUAUGGCAGCCAGAUCGAGCUCGUUCGUCUGAUUCUGAAAACGAAGGUUGCGAUGUGGAGGCGCUGACGGACGUGGAUAUUCCGCAGGACGAUCAGCAGGGCGAGGAGGAGGACCAGCAGUCUGUUUUUAAGAAGCAGCGUCAGCCGAAAGACUACAACUGUCCGCACUGCGAUAGGAAGUACACCACCCAGAAGUACCUGAACACCCACCUGAAGAUGAGCCACCCGCAUCCGCAGGCUUUCAAGUGCGGCGACUGCGAGGCCACCUUCGAUUCGGACCGGGCGCUGGCCCAGCAUCGUCGCAAGGAGCACACGGAGUUUGCUUGCCAGCAGUGCGACAAGGUGUUCAAGAGCUCGCGCUCCCUGCUCCGUCAUGUCCAGGGCCACUCGGGCGCCAGGACAUUCAAGUGCGAGCACGAGAACUGCGGCAAGUCGUUCGUCAAUCAGCAUAACCUCACAUCGCACCGACGUGUGCACAGUGAGGAGCGGAAUUACGUGUGCGAGCUGUGUGGCUAUAGAUCCCGGUACAGGGAGGCGCUAAUCGUCCAUCGGCGCACGCAUACGGGCGAGAAACCCUUCCAGUGUCAGACCUGUUCACGCAGUUUUGCCUCAAAGUCUCUGCUCAACGAACACCAGGCGAUGCACUCCACCGAAAAGCCCUACAAGUGCGACAAAUGCGAUUCGGCCUUCUCCCGACCUAAGGCGCUGUAUCACCACAAACACCUCCAUUUGGGCAUCAAGAAGUUCAAGUGCAAGAUUUGCGGAAAUGCCUACGCCCAGGCGGCAGGAUUAUCAGCUCAUAUGAGAGCGCACAAACUUCAGGUGGCCCCCAAUGCAGCCGAAGGGGCCGAGGGAGAUCCAAUUGAGAUGCUGUUUAACUACUGAACAAAUUAAGGAGAUCCCCAGAGUCCUUAAUUUACUUUAACUUACCUUCUGAGCAGUUUCUAGAAAAGCUGUUUCCCUGAGUCACUAUUAUCAUUUCGAAUCUUUAAAACAACACACACUUUGUCCCCUGUUCAACCGUAUGUCUCGAAAAUGUUGUACAGAAACUUACUUCGCCAUAGAUUUAGGCAUUAAUUUAAGCAAGCCAAUACUUCUGAAAAUUGGCAUUUUAGUUUAAAGACAUUUGUUUAGUUACUAACACAUCAGAAAUAAGAUGAAUGUUUAAAAGUAUAAUUUUGCAUACAAAAGAUCCAUCUCGAAAAGCUAAGACACCAUAGAGAAACACUAUUUUAUUUGCCAUCAAAAAUGUAACCUCAUGGCCAGUUUUAAGAUAAAUCAAUCAAAAGAGAACUCUAUAAAUAUUAAAGAGAAAAGCUAUCAUUUUAAUACCUGCAUAUCAGUAGAGACGUUGUGUAAAUACUGUUAAAACUUGUUAGCUUUAGUUUAGAUUUAAGCAAGAGUAUUCUCCCGAAACUAUUUCUCACAAAAGCUAGUACAAUAAAUAUUGUAACAAACGUUAUUCCAGCAA